AUGCGAUCAGGCAGUGCGCUGACCGGCCCGGCCGUCCGGCCCCUUCUGGGUCCUCCCUGUGCAGCCCGUGCGGGGCCGUCCCGGAGACCCCGCGCCGACGGCUGCUCAAACAUCAGGCUGGCUCCUAAAAGGACACUCUCCAAGUCCCCAACCAGGGGCCCAGCGUAGACCUGGAGCGGACACCCCCACCUUCCCUUCAUGAUUCGUUUGUAGCACAGUGGCGAUGGAUGAUGACGAUGGGAGAUGCUUGCUAGACGUGAUCUGUGACCCUCAGGCCCUCAACGACUUCUUGCAUGGAUCUGAGAAGCUGGACAGUGACGACCUCCUGGAUGCUCCUGUGGAGUCCCAAAGUGCCUUCUAUGAAGGUCCUGGGCUCCACGUGCAAGAAGCUUCUGGCAACCACUUAAACCCUGAACCCAACCAGCCAGCUCCCAGCGUGGACCUGGACUUCCUCGAAGAUGACAUUCUGGGUUCUCCCGCAACAGGAGGCGGAGGUGGGGGUGGCGGAGCCGCCGACCAGCCCUGCGACAUCCUUCAGCAGAGCCUCCAAGAGGCCAACAUCACCGAGCAGACGCUGGAGGCGGAGGCCGAGCUGGACCUGGGCCCCUUCCAGCUGCCCACCCUGCAGCCUGCGGACGGCGGGGCAGGUCCCACGGGCGCCGCAGGGGCGGCCACGGUGGCUGCAGGAACUCAGGCGCUCUUCCCAGGCAGCGCCGACCUGCUGGGCCUGCAGGCCCCGCCCACCGUGCUGACCCACCAGGCGCUGGUGCCACCCCAGGAUGUGGUGAACAAGGCCCUGAGCGUCCAGCCCUUUCUGCAGCCAGUGGGCCUGGGCAAUGUGACCCUACAGCCCAUCCCAGGCCUCCAAGGCCUGCCCAAUGGCAGUCCUGGGGGUGCCACAGCAGCCACCCUCGGGCUGGCACCCAUCCAGGUGGUGGGCCAGCCAGUCAUGGCUCUCAACCCGCCCACGUCCCAGCUCCUGGCCAAGCAAGUGCCUGUGAGCGGCUACCUGGCUUCCGCAGCCGGUCCAUCGGAGCCAGUGACGUUGGCCUCAGCCGGCGUGUCCCCCCAGGGGGCUGGCCUGGUCAUCCAGAAGAGCCUCCCGGCCGCCGUGACCACCACGCUCAACGGGAACUCUGUGUUCGCGGGGGCAGGCGCCGCCACCGCAGCGGCCAGCGGGACGCCCUCGGGACAGCCGCUGGCAGUGGCCCCCGGCCUGGGCACUUCGCCACUGGUGCAAGCAGCGCCCAACGUGAUCCUUCACCGCACCCCUACGCCCAUCCAGCCCAAGCCUGCUGGCGUCCUUCCCCCCAAGCUCUACCAGCUGACACCCAAGCCCUUUGCGCCCGGGGGCGCCACGCUCACCAUCCAGGGUGAGCCCGGCACCCUCCCGCAGCAGCCCAAGGCCCCCCAGAACCUGACUUUCAUGGCUGCCGGCAAGGCGGGCCAGAACGUGGUGCUGUCGGGUUUCCCGGCGCCUGCCCUUCAGGCCAACGUGUUCAAGCAGCCCCCCGUCACCACAGCAGGGACAGCCCCGCCGCAGCCCCCCGGGGCCCUCAGCAAGCCCAUGAGCGUCCACCUCCUGAACCAAGGCAGCAGCAUUGUCAUCCCGGCCCAGCACAUGCUGCCCGGCCAGAACCAGUUCCUGCUGCCCGGCGCCCCUGCGGUGCAGCUCCCCCAGCCCCUCUCCGCCCUGCCGGCCAACGUGGGCGGCCAGAUCCUCGCCGCGGCCGCGCCUCACGCCGGGGGCCAGCUCAUCGCCAACCCGAUCCUCACCAAUCAGAACCUGGCAGGACCCCUGAGCCUGGGCCCCGUGCUGGCUCCCCACUCCGGGGCCCACAGCGCUGCCCACAUCCUGUCGGCCGCCCCCAUCCAGGUGGGCCAGCCCGCCCUCUUCCAAAUGCCCGUGUCACUGGCCGCCGGCAGUCUGCCCACCCAGAGCCAGCCAGCGCCCACCGGCCCUGCGGGCACCACCACCGUCCUCCAGGGCGUCACCCUGCCCCCCAGUGCUGUGGCCAUGCUCAACACCCCUGACGGGCUGGUGCAGCCUGCCACCCCUGCGGCCACUGCUGGGGAGGCCGCUCCUGUCCUGGCCGUGCAGCCGGCGCCUCCGGUCCCCCCGGCCGUCAGCACGCCGCUGCCGCUGGGUCUCCCGCAGCCUCAGGUGCAGCAGCCCCCGCAGGCCCCCACGCCGCAGACAGCCACCCAGCCUCAGGCCACCCCUCCCCAGGCCAGCCCUGGCCUGGCAUCCAGCCCAGAGAAGAUUGUCCUGGGGCAGCCACCUUCUGCGGCCACCACGACCAUCCUCACUCAGGAUUCCCUGCAGAUGUUCCUGCCUCAGGAGAGGAGCCAGCAGCCCCUCUCCACAGAGGGUCCCCACCUCUCCGUGCCUGCCUCGGUCAUAGUCAGCGCCCCGCCUCCCGCCCAAGACCCAGCCCUGGCCACCCCCGUCGCCAAAGGAGCUGGUCUCGGUCCUCAGGCCCCUGAAAGCCGGUCCUCCCCAGCACCGGCCCCCCAGAUCCCAGCAGCUGCUCCGCUGAAGGCCCCUGGCCCUGCCUCUUCCCCGUCGCUACCUCACCAGCCCCCGCUGGGAGAAAGCCCUCACCUGCCCUCCCCUCACCCUGCCCGGCCCCCAUCCCGCCCCCCGUCCCGCCCCCACUCCCGGCCCCCGUCCCAGCCUCAGACCCUGUCCCGUCCACCCUCCGAGCCAGCCUUGCACCCCUGCCCUCCACCCCAAGGCCCCCCCACUCUGCCUGGCAUCUUUGUCAUUCAGAACCAACUGGGUGCCCCUCCACCUGCCAGCACCCCUGCCCCCGUGGCCCCAGGCCCAACCCAGCCCCCCAUGCGCCCCCCGUCCCAGCCCCCCGAGGGCCCUCUGCCUCCUGCCCCCCACCUCCCUCCAGCCUCCGCCUCUCCCACCGCGGCCUCCGCCUCUGAGCCGUCCACCAGGUUGCCAGUCCCCACGCCACCAGACUUCCAACUCCAGUUCCCACCGGGCCAGGGGUCCCAUAAGUCCCCUACACCCCCACCCACCCUCCAUCUAGUCCCCGAGCCCGCAGUACCCCCACCACCGCCACCACGGACCUUCCAGAUGGUAACCACCCCCUACCCAGCGCUGCCCCAACAGAAGGCGCUUCUGGAAAGAUUCCACCAGGUGCCAUCCGGGAUCAUUCUCCAGAGCAAAGCCGGGGGCACUGCCACAGCCCCGCAGACCUCCACCAGCCUGGGGCCCCUUACCAGUCCCGCUGCCUCUGUGCUGGUGAGCGGGCAGGCUCCACCCGGGACCCCCACAGCCUCCAGCCAUGCCCCAGCCUCGGCUCCCGUGGCCAGCACAGGCCUCCCCCCUCUACUUCCUGCCGAGAGCAAAGCCUUCGCCAGCAACCUUCCAAGCCUGAGUGUAGCCAAGGCCGCGGGAAAACCCCCAGGGAUUCAGUAUGACAGCAAAUUGAGCAACCUGAAAAAAACACCCCUGCUCCAGCCUAGCAAGGAAGCCUGUUUCCUGGAGCAUUUGCACAAGCAUCAGGGCUCCGUCCUGCACCCCGACUACAAGACGGCCUUCCCCUCCUUCGAGGAUGCCCUCCAUCGCCUUCUACCCUACCAUGUCUACCAGGGCGCCCUCCCCUCCCCCAAUGACUACCACAAAGUGGAUGAGGAGUUUGAGACGGUCUCCACGCAGCUGCUGAAACGCACCCAGGCCAUGCUGAAUAAAUACCGGCUCUUGCUCCUGGAAGAGUCCCGGAGGGUGAGCCCCUCGGCAGAGAUGGUUAUGAUCGACCGAAUGUUCAUUCAGGAGGAAAAGACCACCCUUGCCUUGGAUAAACAGCUGGCCAAGGAAAAGCCAGACGAGUAUGUGUCUUCCUCGCGGCCCCUCGGCCUCCCGGUCCCGGCCUCUUCCUCCGAGAGUCACCGGCUCCCGGGCCACAGCCAGCCGACCUCGUCCUCCGCGGCCGCGGCCUCCGCCCCGCCGCCUCCGCACCUCCCCACCAAGCUUGUGAUCCGACACGGCGGGGCGGGCGGCUCCCCGUCGGUGACGUGGGCGCGGGCCUCGGCGUCGCUGUCCUCGACGCCCGCCUCCUCCGCGCCCUCCUCGUGCUGCUCCUCGGCGGCCUCGUCCCUGGACGCCGACGAGGACGGCCCCAUGCCCUCGCGCAACCGGCCGCCCAUCAAGACCUACGAGGCCCGGAGCCGCAUCGGCCUGAAGCUCAAGAUCAAGCAGGAGGCCGGGCUCAGCAAGGUGGUGCACAACACGGCGCUCGACCCGGUGCACCAGCCCGCGCCGCCGCCCGCCGCGCUCAAGGGCGCCGAGCCCCCGCCGCGGCCCCCGCCGCCGCCGCCGCCGCCGCCGCCCGCCCCGCAGGCGCAGAUGAACGGCACGGUGGAGCACGCGCCCGCGCCGCGCAAGCCCGCGGGGCCCGCCGCGCCCUGCCCGCGCCUGCCGCUGCGCAAGACCUACCGCGAGAACGUGGGCGCGCCCGGGGCCCCCGAGGGCGCCGCGGGGAGGGCGCGGGGCGGCGCGGGGGGCAGCCCGUCCGCGCUGCCCGCCAAGGUGGACGAGGCCACGAGCGGGCUCAUCCGCGAGCUGGCGGCCGUGGAGGACGAGCUGUACCAGCGGAUGCUGAAGGGCGCGCCGCCGCCGCCCGGGGAGGCGCCCACGGUGGCCGCCGCCGCCGCCGCCGGCCCGGGACAGGGCCCCGCCGAGGCCGGCUGGGAGGCGCCGCCGCUGCCCCCGGCCAAGCGGCGCAAGUCCGAGUCCCCGGACGUGGACCAGGCCAGCUUCUCGAGCGACAGCCCGCAGGACGACGCGCUCACCGAGCACCUGCAGAGCGCCAUCGACAGCAUCCUGAACCUGCAGCAGCCGCCGGGCCGGACUCCCGCCGCCGCCUUCCCGCCCGGCGGCCCCGCGUCCCCCGCGCCGCUGCACCGGCCCGACGCCUUCCCGCCCUCCAGUCACAACGGGGGGCUGGGCGCCAGGACGUUGAACAGAUAACACUGGGCCGCUCCGGGGCGCCCCACCGCCGCCUCCCGCGUGGGAGGGGGACCCGAAGCCGGGAGCCCUGAGGCCGUUCCUGCCUAAGUUAUUGGAGUCACAAAGGCGACCUCCCCACCGCCGAGCGUCGGGGUGGCGGGGCGCGGGUUAGGGAAAGAGGGCUAUCAUGUACAAUGUCCACCCCCCCCCCAUCCACUGCCUCGGUGAAGGACAGGCCAUCCUGGGGUGUCGGUUCCGGUUCAGGUCCCACUUCCUGCCGCAGUCCGCCCCUCCUAGCUGGGGACACGUGUGAGUGUUUGGCCGGGGCUGGGGCACCUGGUUGUCGCACUGAUCACAUCUGGGUACCAGUCUUGUCUUGUCUGUGUGGCUUUACGGAUCUCGGUCCAGGGCGCUCCGAGCUAGGAUUGCGGGGGAGGGGGCUUCGGACCGCGCAGCCGCUCCCCAUGGGCUGCAGAACGGCCGGGGCGGCCGUCAGUGUCCUCACGAACACCCUCAUCCUGUCUGUGUGUGCGAGUGAGAGGUCCCCAUCGCCCCCGUGCCUCCACCUUAAAAUCCAGAGAGCAACAAAGCACUGGGGGCCUCCUCCAGCCCCGCCGUCUUCCCUCUGUUCUUCCUCCAUCCAGCCCACCGCGCCACGUUUUGAAAUCUCCCGAGACAAAACUAGUACUGUAAGAUAAAUUUUUUUGUACUGUAUUUAUUGUGUAUAACGAUUUUUUUAAAAAGAAUUCUGUACAUUUAGAAAACUCUUGUAAAUUAAAAACCGAUCCUUUUUUUAAAACUGUA